AUGAAAGACGAAUUAAAUGUAGUGAUUCAAGUGGGAGAUACUUUUGGCGAGAAACGAUGGUUUGAAGCAAAUACUUACAUACUGCAAGAACGGUCAGUAUACUUUUGCGCCGCAUUAUCAAAUAAAUGGGCAACAAAACAAGGAGACAAAUAUUUUUUUCAUAAACCAAAUAUUUCUGCACAAAUAUUCGAGACUUUAUUAAGGUAUAUUUAUAAUGGAGUUAUAGACUUACACAGCUACUAUCCAUUAGACUGCUUGAAUUUAUUAAUUGCUGCUGACGAAAUGAUAUUCGAGGAAUUAGUCGACGACAUUCAAACAUACUUUAUUAAAAAUAAAGCACUUUGGGUAGAUAAAAUAUUGAUUGAAGUUCUUAACGCAGUCAUACCUCGUCCUGCAUGCAUGCGCCUGAAUAAUUUCUGUUUUGAAGAGAUUAUUCAACGAGACGCAGAUAUUAUAUUCAAGUCGCCGAAAUUUAAAUUAUUGCACGAGACAACACUUGCUUCAAUAUUAAUAUACGAUGGAUUAAGUAUUCGUGAGAUUGAUAUUUGGCGUGGUUUAUUGAAGUGGGGACAGGCCAAUUCUCUAUUAAGUUGUAAUAAUGGAGAUUUCGCAGAAGUAAUCUCUGAAAAGGACAAUGAAUAUUAUUAUCUGAUGUUGAAACAUACAGUAUCCAGAUUAUUGCCACUUGUACGAUUUUUUAAUAUUCCUGAAGAUGAUUUUAUACAAUUCGUGAGACCUUUUGAAAUGAUUUUGCCGGACAAUCUUGUGAAUGAAUAUUUUCGAAUCACUAAGUUUUUAACAACAAAAAUACACGAGUUAUCCCCUCCCCGUUUUCCACCAAUGAAAAUAGAUUCAACAAUAAUAAAACCAAAACACGCGUCAUUAAUCGCUUCUUGGAUAGACGGAAACGCAAAAGUAGAAAGCGACUACAUACCACAAGCAUUCAAACUGUUAUAUCGUUCCAGCUGUGAUGGAAUUUCUGCAAAGAAAUUCCACGCUAAAUGUGAUAAAGCCGGUUCAACAAUCCUCAUAGUGAAACUUCGUGAUUCCGAACAAAUACUCGGCGGCUACAACCCUAUCACGAAGGGAUUUAAACGUGCCUGGUUUUCAUCAUCACGCGGCAACCAAACAGGAUUUGUAUUUUCGUUUUCAAGCGAAAAGUCGAUCGAGGGUGCACGGCUUUCAAGAAUAGUUAAUCAUUUUUGUGAGUUGGGAGUGCAAGAUCAUCCAUUGGAUGGGCCUUGUUUUGGAACUGGGCCAGAUUUGUGGAUUAAUAUUAGUGAACUAAAGAUCGGACAAUCUGUAAAGCAGACUUAUGCUGAAAAAAUCCUUGAACCGCAGGGUUUCUUUUCAUGGGCUGAGGUGGAAGUGUUUGAAGUCAUUGAUCUUAGAGCUAAAGAUGAUUAA